AUGAUGAAGACAAUGAAGGAGGACAGUCAGCAGCUCGGGUUCCUCCAGACUUCUUGCCACCUGGGCAUUAGUCAGAGGGCAGUGGGUGGGGCUGCAGCUACACCUUCUGCAACUCAGGGGGCGCCCAUGCGGAGAGGCUCAGGGGCUCAGGUUGCACUAUCCCAGUCAGACUGCAGCACCGUCAAGAGGCUUCCCAGACUUUUUGCUCCGAGCGCCGGCUGCCCAGUGUGGCAGAGCCCAGAGUCCGGAGACCACCGAGGGCAACUCCAGUUCAGUUGCGAGGUGAGAGGACAAGAGCUAAAUCAGGACGGCCAGGUGGCCCCAGCAUCCCUAGCUUCAGUCCAAUCAUCCCACAGUGAGGAGAGUGACGGCGACACGUGCACAUCUGCUUUGAAGCGUGGACUACAGCGGGUGAACACAGACUGUCUGCUCUGCGGCUGUGGACAUCUCUUUGGCUUCACCUGUAUCCAACGCUGGCUGAAAGCUCAGGGCCAGGCUGCUAAAUGUCCACAGUGUAACAAGAAAGCAAAGCGUUCCGACAUCGUGCUUCUGUAUGCACCAAAGCUGAGAGCACUGGACAACUCUGAGCAAGAGAGCUUAAAGAAAUCUCUGGAGCAGGAGCAAUCUCUGAGGAGGAAGGCUGAACUGGAGUCAGCUCAGUACAAACUCAAACUGCAGGUUGUCACCAACAAAUAUGGACAAGCGCAGCAAGAGCUGCAGGAGCUCAAAGCCCUGAUGGCCCAGACUGGCCGGAGCUCACUUCCCUCCUCAUCUACCCCUUCUUCCGCUUCGUCGUCAGCCUCAUUCCUUCUCGGUCUGUCUCAGAGGGGGGAUGGCUCCAAGACACUUCAGUACAGUUUCUCUAAGGGUGUGCUGGUGUCUCAGGCUGGAGGCUGCAGGGUUUUAUCCUACUGUGAGCCUCUGAGUUGCCUGUUGGCCUCACAACCUUCUCCUCACUCCACACUGGUGCCUGGUUGUGGGGUGAAGAAAGUGAGUGUAGUGAACAUGAAGGCGAGUCAGUAUCUUCCCAUACACAGUAAACAGAUCAGAGGUCUGUCCUUCAACAGACAGAAUGACAGUCUGCUGCUGUCUGCUGCCUUGGACAACACCAUCAAACUGACCAGUCUGCUGACCAACACUGUUGUUCAGACCUAUAACACCGGUAAACCAGUGUGGAGCUGCUGCUGGUGCUUGGAUAACAGUAACUACGUCUAUGCUGGUCUGACUAAUGGUUCAGUGCUCAUCUAUGACACCAGGGACACCAGCACACAUGUUCAGGAAUUGCAGACGCUACGUUCCAGGUGUCCUGUGGCAUCUCUGAGCUAUAUACCUCGGGCGGCGUCCAGCUCAUUCCCUUGCGGUGGGAUAAUUGCUGGCUCUCUAGAAGGUGGAUAUUUCUGGGAGCAGGUGAACGAGACCACCUACAGACCACACCUCCUGCCACUGGAGGCUUCCGGCUGCACCGACAUCCAGGUAGAGACAGAGAGCAGACACUGCCUGGUUACAUACAGGCCAGGACGCUCCAACCCCUCUCUGCGGUGUGUCUUGCUGGCUCUGAACCGAACUCCUCAGCAGGACUCUAGUCAGCUGCCCAGCUGCUCCUGUUGUCCGGUGCAGACGUUCAGUGCAGGCGCGUCCUGCAAACUGCUCACCAAAAAUGCAGUCUUCAAGAGUCCAGAUGGAGGAGGAAUGCUGGUCUGUGCUGGGGACGAGGCUUCUAACUCCGCUAUGUUGUGGGAUGCCGGUAGUGGCUCUCUACUCCAGAAGCUGCCAGCUGACCUCCCAGUGUUGGACAUCAGUCCAUUCUCUGUGAACGGUGAGCACUUUCUAGCUACGCUAACGGAGAAGAUGCUGAAGCUCUACAAGUGGGAGUGAGCGAGGAAGACUUGGUGUAUGGGAGCCGCUGGUCUCAUCCAGAAACCAAAAAAACAAAACCUUACCACAGGCCCAGAGGACCAGAAGAGGAAGCAGUCUGGCUAGAACUGUGGGAAACAAUGCUGCUAAACUUUUAUCUGUGUGUUUACACAUGCAAAAAAACAGAUUACUUCAAGUCAUGGGCCUGAGGAAACCUUUCAGUCAUUAUUUUAAUUUCCUUCCUUUUUAGCGGAACAUCCAUUUGUUGCAGUGUGAAGCCUCAACCCAGGGGUGUGAUGGACGCUUUUCCUUUCAAAAUAGUAUGAUUGUCUUUGCAUAAGUCAGAAGUUGAAUUAAUAAUGUAUAUGGUCAGUGUGUCAGCAGAGUCCCAGUCACCUCAGCUGCUGGAGUGGUUGGAGGCUGUGGACAGCAACAGAUUUUCUCUUGUUUUGAAUCUAACUAAAGCGAUUCUUUGGAGAAACGUAGGGUCAAUCUUAAAGUUAAAAUGAGUGACACAGCAAUGUGUUUGCAAGUUGUGUGUCCCUAAUUACCAAUCAGUUAAAUUUAGGUUUUUCACUGUCCAUUGUCAGGCUCUAUCUACAUUCAUUUCUGACCAGUAGUGAAAACAUUCAGCGAGAUUUCCGAACUUAAGUUUUCUAAUCCUUCACAGUCAACAUCAAGUCUGGGCAGCAACUGACUUCUAUUGUCUUCAUUAUUUUAUCUGCAGAUUACCAGUUAUCAGCCUAACAAAUCUUGUGAUGGUUGGAAUGUAUGUGCAACAGUAAUGUAACUUUUAAAGUGAAUUUAUUCAUGUCCACUGUGAUGGAUUACACAGCUUAAUAGACUUUUAUACUAUACAGAAAUAAAAACUAAGGACUGUCUGGAAAAGUGACAGAACGUGAAAUUUCUACAGAAUAGCAACAUUGUUUGAAAAAUGGUUCAAUGUAAGUGUAAGUCAGUUGUCGUAAAAGGGUUACAUCCUGGUCCAUUAAGUGGAAACUUUUAAAGACCAUUGUCGCUGAUGUAUAGUAUGAAUCAUCAUGGCUAAUUUUCCAAAUCAUAUCAUCACUUUGUAGUUGGAUUCCCUCCUGGAAUGAAUGAGUUUAAGCAUUUCUUGUUCAGAUAUAAAAUUUGGUGACUAAGCAGUAAACCUAAUCCAUUCAAAAUGCAAAUUCCAUUUUUAUCUUCACGGUUGGGUUUUAUAUUUACCUUGUCAGUGCAGUUCCUUUCUGCAGCUUUGUAACGAAAACUUGGGAAGUCCUGUCACCACAGAAACAAUGCAUUAGUUUGACAAUUUCAUAAAAGUGACUUGAUAUUGAUCAUCUAAAAAUGAUGACAUGGUUUGGAAGACUGACUAUGCUGUAAAUGAUUUGUAGAGGAGCUACGUGUCAUGUUCUGUUGUCAGAGUUCUGCUGCUGUUUCACUUGAAACGGUUAAGACAGCUGGUGAAUAGCGCGUAGGCAACAACAUGGGGAGCCCUUCAGCUUUUUCAAAUCUAUAUCUAAAACAGGUAUGUAUGCUUGGAUUUCAGUUAGCCCAGCCGACUUAGGCUUAAGUAGGACGUCGCUAUCCAACUCUGAAACCUCAGACACCAAAUUUUGUCACAGACUUUCAGUUGUUUCCAAAAAUUGCGCAAAGAAACACAGUUAACCCAACUUGUUUUCAUUAAGUCUGACCUCCCACUCCCUUUUGAGCAUUUCAUUGUGCACUUCACACAAGUUCACCCUGUCUGUCACAAUGAUUUAUUUUGUUCAUCUUCAGUCUGAUUUUUUUUUUUAUCUACUGUCCUCUGAACCAGAACUUUAAGUGCCAAAGUAAUCUGCUGUUGAUGUAAAUUUUACUUUCCUUAUCUUUGUUACUAAAGACAGUUGUAUAUAUGUAUAUUUGCUACCAAACAUUUGUGUACAUCUUCGAAGGUAAUAAAAACUGUUAUUUUUCAUUAAAGUUGUUACAAUUUA